AUGCCGCCAGCUUUAGACUUUGACGUAUUGAUGAUGAUAUUUGCACAAGUUCUUCUUGAUGGUAGUCACACCACUGAUUACAGGUCGUUACGCUCAUGUUCUCUGGUAAACAAAAAAUGGUGCGAAGCAGCAAUUCCAAUCCUCUGGGAAAACCCAUUCAUACUACCCCCAAAACUUAGCAAAUAUGAUCCUGAACAGCAUCAAGAAGAGGAUGUCGCCAAUUGGACGAAAUCCGGAAAAAUAAUCGAAACCUUGUUACGGUGUCUUUCGAGAAUGGAACUUGAGCAGUUUCACAAAGAUAUACAAAAUAAAUUUCAUCACAAUGCCCCGAAAUUUCUGACGGUAUCCAAUCACUCGACGUUUGCGUAUCCGAAAUUUAUGAGAUCGCUUUCGAUUCACGGAUUAUACCAAUCUUCAUUGAGCUGGUUUAACUCAUUAUACGAUUCACCCAAGAAAACGCAAGAUUUCACGUUCUCAGAUAAACAAGAAUUCAUAGAUCUGUUGGUUAGAAGACUGCUAGGAUUGUAUGUGAAUCAUGGUGUCAGGUUCAGGAGAGUGACAAUCGGCCAACUGAAUGAUCUCAACGUCAUGCUAAUGUUUUGGUCGAAUAGCUUGUUCAGCAAGGAGUACAAAGUGCUCUUUGGGAGUUUACAAGAUUUGGACAUCGGAUAUAUGAAGGAGGGAAAAGUUGCAGAAAUGGUGGAGAGUUGGAAUGAUUUCUCGACAUUAACAUCCCUAACGAUAAAGAUGAGCACCCACCUUUCAAAGAUUCUCGCCUCAUCUCGACAUCUCAAAAAAAUAAAAAUACUUGAUGGUCGCACUCAAAGCAUUCUUCCGAUUCUCUCAUUACCCACCCCGUCGGUCGCCUUACAAAGCAUAACUUUUAAAUUUGUAGAAUUUGAUGAAAAUGAUCCAUGGGAAUUAUUGUCGUCGUUCACAAAUCUGGAAAAGUUGAAGUUGAUUAACUGCUGGAUACACCCCGACGUGGAUUAUGAGGCGAAGAAGAUCAUGGGGUUCAAGGUGACCAAGGUAAAAUUUGAAAAGUUAAAAUUAUUCGUUUGCUCGAAUCCUCGGAGUAGCGGCAUGAGCAUUGAGAAUGAGGGGAAAACACUGCUUGUACAGUGGGGAGUGCUACAGCACGCCGUGGUAGUAUCCGAAAAUCUGGAAUCAAGUAAAACGAGGAUUUACCACGAGAAAUUGGAUAAAGGGAUAGAAGUUGAUCGGAUCGAACACAAUCUUUAUAAAAACUAUAUGAAGCAAAUUAACAAAAUUUUGAAUACAAGUAAAACCCCUGAAUGUUUAGGUAAAAAAGAAUAA